AUGGGUCUUGAUCCAAAGAGGGCUCAGGCAUUCAACUACACAGCGCUCAAUGACCACUUUGUCAAGCUUGAGAAGGUCAUCAAGGACAAUGAUAUACCAUGGGAGAACAUCUAUAACAUGGACAAGAAGGGAAUACAACUGGGAGGUGGAUGA